AUGCCAACUAUUAUUGUCGGUGCGGGUAUUAUUGGCGUCUCCUCUGCCUACUACCUCUCUGAACUUGACCCCUCAAAAGCUCAUGAUAUCCACCUGGUCGAGUCAUCUCCUGAGCUUUUCGCCUCUGCGAGUGGCUUUGCAGCGGGGUUCUUAGCUGCAGACUGGUUCUCUUCACCGCUAGCCAAGCUUGGAGCGCUGAGCUUCAAGCUCCACAUGGAUAUCGCAGAAACGAAUAAUGGGCAAGAACGCUGGGGUUAUAGCCAAUCAACAGGCACUAAUCUUGCAGAGACAAUAGAAAGCAAUGAAGAUAGGGACUCUGACUGGCUGAGAGAAGGAGCAAGUAGAGCAAGAGCAGCAGCGAACACUGAACCCGAAUCCGGAAAUGCUCCCCAAUGGCUCAAAAGCAAAGGUGCCCUUGAUGUCCUCUCAGGCGGUGAUACCACGGCGCAGAUACUGGUCAUCGCCGCGGGCGCCUGGUCCCCCUCCGUCUUCCGCACUCUCUUUCCAACCUCCAAGCUCUCGAUUCCCAUAACUUCCCUCUCCGGCCACUCACUCCUCCUGCGAUCCAAGCACUGGCCACCGCCGGCUCUUGACGCUACUGAUCCCAUCCGCGGCCUUAGCAGCAGCCCAUCCAUCCCCGUCCAUCACCGCAAGGAUAAUGAAAGGCAGUGCCACGCGAUCUUCACCACUGACACCCAAGGCGGCUACUCACCUGAACUCUUCUCCCGCAUGCCAAAUGGGGAGAUUUACCUUGCUGGUCUGAAUUCGCCAUCGUAUCCUUUGCCGAAGGUAGCGAAUGAGAGGACAGUGGAUAGCGCGGCGAUCAACACGCUGAAAGUGACGGCAAGAAGGUUACUGGGCGAUGAUGUGGAGGUCGUGAGGGAGAGUGUGUGCUGGAGACCAGUGAGCAGAAGGGGUGUGCCUGUCAUUUGUGAAUUGACGGGGAAGGUGGGUGACAAGGGGAAUAAAGAUGGCAGUGACGAGGGAGGGGGAGAGGGCGUGUUCUUGGCUGCUGGUCACGGCGCUUGGGGCAUAAGUCUGAGUUUGGGGACAGGGUGGUGUGUUGCUAGGAUGGUAGCAGGAGAAGAUAUGAGUGAGUACGUCGGCCGUUUGGGUAUAUGA